UUCGGCACAGAUGACCUGCAGAAAUCACAGGAAUUUCAAGUAGCUAGAAAGAUAAUGAUGCAGUUAAGAAGAAACAGCAUAUUAGAAAAAGCCGUGAAAGAAAAAGAUUUACCGGCAAUAAAGCAAUUUUUCAAAGAAGAUAUGAAGAAUCCUACGCAAGAGAUUAUCAAUAUCAUUGAUGAUGCGAUGAACUACUGCUAUGAAGAAGUUACAAAUCAUCAAGAUUUGUAUGACCUUGCUAAACCUGACAUGCGGCAAUUCUUAUUGGACAAAGAAAAGACUAAGCAAUGCAUGCUGGAUGCACUUUUAACUAAUCCUGAGAUUUUGCCGCUGACGUGGGGAGGUGAAGUAGCUUUAGCUUCAGGUAGAUUGCAUUGCUCAUUAGUUGUUAUACAUAUUAUAGUGCCACCACCAUUGCAGAAAGAUAAGAGUAACGAAUUCUUAUCUCCAUGGAAUCGCUUGGUGGAAAAGGUCGUAGAUCCUCAAAAGGUGUAG